AUGGAGUGGAGAGAGAAUUCUGAUAUCAACUGUGAUUUGGCUUUCGCUGAAGCUCAGCGAUGGGUGGAGGAGAUCACAAGAAAACAGUUUGGAAGUAAUGAUUUUCGACCUGCGCUGGAUAAUGGAGUCUUGCUGUGCGAUUUGAUCAACAAGAUUAAACCUGGCAUUGUAAAGAAGGUCAAUAGAUUGUCUACACCAAUCGCUGGCUUGGACAACAUUAAUCUGUUCUUGAAGGCUUGUGGGAGGCUAGGCUUGAAAGAAGCUCAAUUGUUUCAUCCCGGAGAUCUACAGGAUUUAUCGAGCCGUGUUACUGUAAAGCAUGAAGAGACAAACAGGCUAAAAAAUGUUUUGAUCACAAUAUAUUGGCUAGGUCGAAAAGCACAGACUGAUACUGUUUAUAAUGGACCUUACCUAAAUUUAAAAGCCUUUGAGGGAUUAUUGGGAACAGUUUUAUCAAAGGCGCUUGAAGAUUGUGGCAGUUUGAAACGCAGUGGCAGAGACAGUGGGUACGCUGAUAGCUGGUACACAGACAGAGGGGAGCUGCUACCCCUUCCAGCCAGUCACAGAAGAGACAAUUCUUUAGAUAGCUUGGACUCGGUGGGAUCAAGGUCAGCAUGUAUUGCUUCAGGUGCAACUUUGAAAGGCAGCAGUGAGGGUUGUGGGAGUGACCUGUCUGAGUCAGACUCACCAUUCAGCAUGACAGAAAACAAGGACAGCAUGUCAUAUCGCCGGAUUGCUGUGGUAGAACCAAAAAGCUCCACGCAGUUUAACCAGUUUCUACCCAGUAAAAGCAGCCAGUCAGGAUAUGUACCGGCCCCACUGAGGAAAAAACGGGUUGAUAGAAAUGAAGACAAUAGGCGGAGCUGGGCGAAUCCCACGUUCACAGAAUCUGACGGGUCCUUCUCAAGGAGUAAAUCUAUGAGUGAUGUAAGCGAAGAAGCAGUUGCAAACCGCCAGAUUCGAUUUGAAGAAUUACAAAAAAUCAAAUCUCAGUUACAAGAGCAGGACCAGCAGUGGCAGAAUGAUCUGACAAAAUGGAAAAAUCGUCGUAAAAGCUUCACUUCUGACCUUUUAAAGAAGAAAGAAGAGAGAGAGCAGAUAGACCAGACAGUCGGGAGAAGAGUAAAGACCUUUAAAGAAAUGCAGGAGGAAAGACAGGACAGAGAGCAGGGGAUUCAGAGCACCGAGCCGCGUGCAACAAUCAGCAGGAGCUUGUAUGCCUCCAAUGAAGACGUGUUUACUGAUGAAAAGCCCAUGUCGAAAACCCUGCAUGAAAGAAGUUACACGGUCGAAGUGGAUACUCCGUACAGUUCCCAGAACAGUGAGGUGACUCGUUCUACCCCUGCUUAUCAUCCACAACAGGACAACGCUACCAACACAGCCACCACCUGCACAAGCAAGGCAGCCCAGUCCAACAGCAGUGUCAGUAAAGCUGCUGGAUCCCAGCACACAUCUCAAAGCCCGUCAGAAGAACAAAGCUCUGUUUCUUUGUAUACACACAAUUCAAUGGAUACCAAACCGGGGGUAGCUCGGGUUUCGGCUUCUCUCCCCAGAAGCUACCACAGACCCGAUAGCACUCUACUGACCUCCAUUAUUGCACCGAGACCGUUCGGGACACAGUCGAACAGCGUUUCUUCUCUUCCCAGAGUUGUUGCUAUGGAAAGUGCACAUAGCCAGUACAAUGGGGACCUGGACAGCGCUUCCCAGAAGCCUUGCAGCACCAGCAGGUGCAGCCAGGUCAUGAAGAUGGAAGAUGAUGGCUGCUCCCAGUCAAGCUCUGUGCUGAGCAGCACUGAGGAGGAGAGGACUCCAUCUCUAAAACAAGUACCUUCUGCACAGCCUCGAGGCGAGCUGACAAGCAGCCAUGGCAUUGAAUCAAAUCCUGGUCGUCCCACCAGCUCUGCAAAAACCCAGUAUGUCACAAGCACCAGCACAAGCACAACAAAGUUGCCAGAAGCCAAGGUCACCACACAGGAACAGUACAGCAACAUGAGAAUCAGUCUGAACCAGAAAUCAAACAGCGGUCAGGACUUUGGCUUCACUCCCACCUGGGGCAGCGCUGGUGUCUUUGUGAAGUCCAUUGAGUCAGGCAGCCCAUCUGAACUCUGCCAGAUGCAGGUAGCUGAUGACAUCCUCACAGUCAAUGGCUUAAAAGUGUCUGACAUGGACAGUCAGUGGAAAGAAAGUAUGGACACAUCUGUGAAACAUGGAACCGUUGUGAUGGACAUCGGUAGAUAUGGCAAGAAUAGUUCAGCUGAAAAAGUAAUCCACGCCAACUCCAGAGAUUGUACUGCUGAAUCUUCAGAGAAGACCACAAAAGCUGAUGUCAACAGACAGCCUGUAAAUGAUGUUGGAUCUAAAGGAAUGAAUGGAGGAUUCCGUGAAGAAUCGGUGACAGUGAGACAUAAAGAGUCCGAGCCAAUUUCUUUGAAAAACUUACAAAGACGAUCACAGUUUUUUGAACAAGGAGGAGCUGAGUCUGCCAUAUCUGAUUUGCAGGUCCCUUCCAUCAGCACAUCCUCUAGCCGCUGGGCCUGGGACCCAGAGGAAGAGAGAAAACGACAGGAGAAAUGGCAGAAGGAACAGGACCGUUUGCUGCAGGAGAAGUACAAACAAGAGCAAGAGAAACUAAAUGAAGAGUGGCUGCGGGCACAGCAAGAAGCUGAAAAAGAAAGCUCCAAGUACUAUGAAGAGGAAUACAAGAUAUUGAAAGUGAAUACCCCCAUCUCUUCUUCCAGACAGGGGAGCACCUCUCGGGAUGACCAAAGUGUAGAGGAGGCCUUGAGACAGGAGGAAGAAGAGGAGCAGCACCUCCAGCAGCAAGAGAGGGCAAGGCGACAGCAUGAGGAAGAGGAGCAAGAGAGGAGGCGAUGCCAAGAAGAGCAGCACCAGCAGCGUUUGGAGGAGGAGGAGGAGAGGAGAUGUGAGGAAGCAGAGGCGCACCGGCAGCAAGCAGAACUACGGAGACAGAGGGAUGAAGAACAGAGGCGCCAGGAGUGGGAGAGGAGGCAAAAAGAGGAGGAGCAGACACGCAGGGAGGAGCUCAGGCGAAAGCAAGAAGAGGAGGAGGAAGAGAGGAAGCGGCAAACGGCAGCAGCAGCUGAGAAACAUCGUCGAGAGAUGGAGAGAGCCAGGCAGGAACAGCAGCACUGGCCUGGUGAAUCCUAUGAAUUUUCUAAAAUCCUUCCCGAUACAUCAGAGUUUGCUGUUUCAAAGAGGGCCAAAUCAAAAUCCACUUCAGAGCUUGAUGUACAUACUGAUACCCAGGGUAAGUCUGCUUUGGAAGACGUGUACAAAUCAAGAGAACCCUGUAUUUCAUGAUUUGGUUUUAUGCAAUUUCUGUUCAUCUUUAGAGGUUCUGUUCAUGGUUUCACACCAAGUAAUUUCUACCAACCAUAUACCAUGAUGUGUUACUGUUGAUGUCCUUG